CAGGUUGUGAAGCAUGGGGUUAGUGAGGCAAUGCUAGAUGAUGCUCUAAGUGUGGCUGGCAAAUUCUUUGAUUUGCCGACAAGAGAGAAGAUGAAGUUAAUGUCAAACGAUGUGCACAAGCCAGUGAGGUGCGGAACGAGCUUAAAAGAUGGGAUUGACAAAGUCCAAUUUUGGAGGGUUUUUCUCAAACACUAUGCUCACCCUUUGAAGGAUUGGAUUCACUUGUGGCCACAAAACCCACCAGACUACAGGGAAAAGAUGGGGAGAUAUUGUGAAGAAGUGAAGAAAGUGGGGUUAGAGGUGAUGGAAGCAGUGAUUGAGAGUCUUGGACUAAAAAACCCAACAAACCUGACCAAAAAGAUUGAAGAUGGGAUGCAAGUGAUGGCAGUGAACUGCUACCCACCCUGCCCAGAGCCAGAGAUUGCACUUGGCCUCCCACCGCAUUCUGACUACAGCUGCCUCACCAUUCUCUACCAAAGCUGCCCUGGCCUUGAGAUAAUGGACUUUGAGGAUGGAACUUGGAAGGCAAUCCCACACAUUCCUGGUGCCCUUCAAGUGCAUGUGGGUGACCACUUUGAGGUCCUCAGCAAUGGUUUGUACAAGAGUGUGGUGCACAGGGCUACACUUAACAGUGUCAGAACCAGGAUCUCCAUUACUUGCUUGUUCAGUUUGGGGAUAGAUGAUAAGAUGGAGUCCGCUAUAGAGCUUGUGGAUGAUCAGCAUCCUCAGAAGUAUAGGGAAAGCAGCUUUAGGGAUUUUCUUAACUUUCUGGCAAACAAUGACAUUGCUGAAGGGAAGAACUUCAUUGACAUCCUCAAGAUCUAG